AUGUUCACAUCGAAUAUAAACGACAUCGAGACUCUUUAUAAGUAGGGGCUUGAAUUCGAAGGUAAAAAAAUGAUUGAUGAAGCUAUUGAAUGCUUCAAUAAGGUGAUAGAAAUUGACUCAAAUAAUGCAGAGGCGUAUUACAGUUUAGGAUGCUGUUUUGAAUUAAAAAAUUUAGUUGAUGAUUCUCUUGAGUCCUUUAAUAAGGUACUCUCUAUAAAUCCUAACUAUCUUAAAGCGUAUGCUAGCAAAGCUGAUAUCCAUUUAAAGAAGAGUAAUAUAGAUGAAGCAAUAAUUAGCCUCAAAUAGGCUAUUGAAAUAGAUCCUAAUUUUGUUUAAGCUUAUUAAAAGUUAGCAUAAGCUUAUAAGAAAUAAAAUAAAUUAGAUUAGAUAACAGAGUGUUAUAAAAAAAUCAUAGAAAUAGAACCAAAAAAUAUGGAAGCAUUUCAUGAAUUAGCAUUAACAUAUGAAAUCAAAGGGCAAAUAGAUGAAGCUUAUGCGUGGUAUAAAAAAAUUCUUACCAUCGAUCCUUAAUUUAUAAAAGCUUACAUUAGUUUAGCUCGUAAUUAUUUUUGCGAUUCAAUGACAGAAGAAGCAAUAAGAAUGCUCAAAACAGCAUUGGAAAUAGAUCCAAACUCCGCAGAAGCCCAUGAAAGACUAGGAUUUAUUUAUGAAAAAUAAAGUAUGUUUGAUUCAGCUCUUAUCUCAUACAAGAUUGCAUUAGAAAAGAAUCCUAAUUUUUUAAGCGUUUACAUAAGCUUAGCAUACAUUUAUUUUCUGAAGUAAUUAGAUCAAGAAGCAAUUAAAUAGCUAAGAAAAGCUAUUGAAAUAGAUCCAAACUUUGUUUAAGCCUAUGAAAGACUAGGAUUUGUUUUUUAAAAUAGAAAAAAGUAUGAAGAGGCUAUAAAAAAUUAUAAAAAAGCAAUUGAAUUAGACCCCAAAUACUUUAAUGCUUAAUAUAACUUAGGUUUAUUAUAUUACUACUAAGGAAAGUAUAACGACUCGCUAUUAUGCUAUAAAAAGGCUAUAGAAUUAGAUCCAAAAUAUGUGGAUGCUUACAAUAACUUAGGUCUAGUUUACUUCGGUUUAGAUAUGAAUAAUGAAGCAAUUUAAUAUUACUAAAAGGCGCUUGAGUUAAAUCCAGAUUACUAUAAAGCUCACUACAACUCUGGACUUGCUUAUGAAAAAGAUAAUUUGAUAGAAGAGGCUAUUGAGAGCUAUAAAAAAGCAAUUAAAAUAAAUCCUAAAUUUCUCAAGGCUUUAAUUAGGCUAGGUGAUAUUUGCGUUGAAAGAGAAAUGAUAGAUGAAGGAAUUGAGUGUUUUAAAAAAAUAGUUUAAUUAAGCCCAAACAGCGAAUAUGAUUUCUUUAGUUUAGGAGAAUUGUAUUUGACAAAGAAAAUAUAUGAAGAAGCAAUUAAGUGUUAUAAAAAGACAUUGGAAAUAAAUCCAUAAUAUAUAAAGGCACUUAAUAAUUUAGGUCUUGCUUACGAAUAUUAAUAAAUGUUUGAUUAAGCUAUCGAAUGCUAUAAAAAGGCUAUUGAAAUUGAUCCAAAUUAUCAUUUAGCUUACUAUAAUUGCGGAAUUUCUUAUGCUUCUAAAAAAAUGGUUGAUGAAGCUAUUGAGUGUUACAAAAAGGUUUUAGAAAUUAAUCCAUAGUAUUUAAAUGCAAGCACUAACAUGGGCUAUCUUUAUUCUUAAUAAAAAAUGUAUGAUAAGGCAAUAGAAUGCUAUUAAAGUGCUCUUUAAGUCAAUGAAAAUAGUCUUAAAAUUUUGAACAAUUUAGGUUAUGCUUAUUAUAAAUCUAAUAUGCAUGACUAGGCUAUUGAAAUCUAUAAAAGAGUAAUAUAAAUAGAUCCAAAGUCAUUUUUGGCUAACUAUAAUAUCGGAGUUGCUUAUUAAAUGAAAAACAUGUUUGAUGAAGCCAUUGAAUUUUACAAAAAAGUGGAAGAAAUCUUUCCAAAAUACUUUACAGUCUUUAUAAGAUUAGGAAAUGUUUAUGGAGAGAAAAAAAUGUAUGAAGAGGCUUUAGAGAACUAUAAUAAAGUUAAGGAUUUUAGCAUGGAGAAGUUAGAAGAAAUAUCUAAUUUAGAAAAUGUUGAUAAGAUGAAUUUAAUUGAGGAAGUAAUUGGAUGCUACAUAAAGGCUAUAGAAUUAAAUCCAGAAUAUGUUUAAGCUUACUACUAUUUAGCAAUUAUAUAUUAAAAUACCAAUAGGGUUGAUGAAGCUAUCGACUACUAUUAAAAAGUGAUUUAAUUAGAUCCUCAACAUGCAGAUGCUUAUUUAGAAUUAGGUAACAAGUACCUUCAUAAAAAUUUAACAGAUAAAGCUCUUGAAUGCUUCUAUAAGACAAUAGAAAUAGAGCCAAAAAAGUAUGAUGCAUAUAAUGGAGUUGGAGCUAUUUUUUAUGCUCAAAAAAAGGAUGACUAAGCACUUGAGUACUUCAAAAAAGCUCUUGAAAUAAAUCCUAACUAUAUAUUAUCAAUAUAUAAUUCCGGACUCAUUUAUGAGUAAAAAGGUUAAAGUGAAAAAGCACUUGAAUGUUACAAAAAGGUAAUAUCUAUCAACCCUGCUGAUAAGAAAUCACUUGAAAAGAUUGAAAAGAUCGAGUAAAAAAUCGAUAGCAAAAAUGAAAAACUAGAAUAGUAUUUGUAAGAAAUUAUCAAGAACCCUGAAAGCGCAAAAAGUUACUUUGAAUUAGGGCAAUUUUAUUAAUCAUAACAAAAUAAUAAAAAAGCUAUUGAUUGCCUUAAAAAGGUGAUAGAAAUAGAUCCCAAGUAUUUUGAAGCUUACGAAAAAUUAGCAUUUAUUUUUAAAGAAAAAAAAAUGUUUGACUUGUCAAUUGAAAACUACUAAAAGGCUUUUGAAUUAAAUCCAAAAUUCACUGAUGCAAUAAAAAAAAUAAUGAGAAUUUACUUAGAUAGAAAAAUGGUCAGCGAAGCUAAAGAGUUCCAUAAUAAAAUGCUUGAAGAAAAUCCUAAUAAUGCUGAAAUAUUUUAUUAACUUGGAGAAGCCUAUUAAGAAGAUUCAUCAAAGUAUGAAGAUGCUAUUGCUUGUUAUAAAAAAGUUAUCUAAAUAGAUCCUAAACAUAUUGAUUCUCACAUUGAAUUGGGCUGUAUCUAUUUGGAUAAAAAAGAAUACCAAUAAGCAAUUGAAUAUUUUAACAAAGUAAUUGAAUUAGAUCCUAAAGAGGUUGUAGCUUUAAAUAAUAUAGGACUUGCUUAUUAUGAUUAGAAAAUGAAUGAGAAAGCACUUGAAUACUACAACAAAGCUCUUGAAAUAAAUCCUACAUUUUAGUAAUCUAUUUACAACACUGGCCUUGUGUAUGAAAUCUAGAAUCAAUAUGAAAAAGCCCUUGAGUAUUACAAUAAGGUUCUUAAAAUAAACCCAACAGAAAAGAAAUCCCUCUUGAGAGUAGAAAAAAUAAAUGAAAAAAUUGGAAAUAUAAAUAGCGAAAAGCCUGAAGAAACAUCAAAAAAAGAAGUCCAAAAUACUCUUUCAAGUGCAAAGGAAUAUUACUCUAAAGGAUAUGAUUUCUAUGCUUAAAUGGAAGAUGAAAAAUCUAUUUAAUGCUUGUAAAAGGCUAUCGAAAUAGAUCCAAAUUAUUAUGAAGCCUAUGAUAAAUUAGGUCUUAUUUAUGGUGAAAAAGGUAUGUUUGAUGAGGCAAUUUAGAACUAUUUAAAAGCACUCGAAAUUAAUCCAAAAUUUUUUGAUAUCAUUCCUAGUAUAAUGAACAUCUAUUUUGAUUAAAAUAGAAUUGAAGAAGCAAAAGAAUUUCAUUAAAAAAUAGUAGAUUUGAACCCGAAUUGCACUGAAACUCUGUACGAGCUUGGAGAAGUUUAUUAAGAUUAGAAUAUGAUUGACGAAGCUUUUGAAUGCUAUUAAAAAAUACUUAAAAUAGACCCUUAAUACAUUGAUGCUCAUAUAGAACUAGGCAAUAUUUAUUUAGAUAAACAUGAUAAUGAUUAAGCACUUGAAUGCUAUAAAAGAGCAUUAGAAAUAAAUCCUAAAGAAAUAGUAGCUUAUAAUAACAUAGGACUGGUUUACUAUAACUUAAAAAAUAGUGAUUAAGCACUUGAAUAUUACAAAAAAGCUCUAGAAAUAGAUCCUAAUUAUGAGCUCUCGAUCUAUAAUUCAGGACUUGCUUAUGAGCAGAAGAACUAAAAUGAAGAAGCACUUAAGUAUUACAAUAAAGUUCAAUAAAUAAAUCCAAAUGAGAAAAAAUCACUCUUAAGAAUACAAAAAAUAAAUUCAUUAAAUGAGAAUUUCGACUCAAAAAUUUAACAAUCAAUUGAGAAUAAUCCUUAAACUGCGAAAGACUACUAUAAGUAAGGGUUCCUAUAUUAUGUUUAAAUGUAGGAUGAUAAGUCUAUAGAAUGUCUUAAAAAAUCAGUAGAAUUAGACCCACUUUAUUUUGAAGCCUAUGACAAAUUAGGGUUUGUUUAUUAGCAAAAAAAAAUGUAUGAAGAAGCAUUAGAGUAUUUUAAAGAAGCUAUUAAAAUUAAUCCAAAGUGCUUCAAUUCUAUAAGCAGCAUCAUGAGAAUUUACUUAGAAUAAAAAAAAAUAGAUGAAGCUAAAGAAUAUCACAAAAUGAUAAAUGAAAUGAACCCAGAUUGUGCUUAAACAUAGUAAGAAUUAGGAACUGUUUAUUAAGAUCAAAAGAUGGUUGAUGAAGCAAUAGCUUGCUACUAAAAAGCUAUUGAGCUUAACCCAUAAUCAACCAGUGCUUAUAUUGAGUUAGGUAACUCUUAUUUAGGUAAAGUAAUGUACGACAAAGCUCUUGAAUGCUACAAAAAAGUAUUAGAAAUAGACCCCAAAAAAGCAGUAGCAUAUAAUAACAUAGGAUUAGUUCAUUAUAAUUAGAAUAUGGAUGACCUAGCUCUUGAAUAUUACAACAAAGCUCUUGAAGUCAAUCCCAAAUAUGAAUUAUCUAUUUAUAAUUCAGGGCUAAUUUAUGAAUAAAAAAAUUAAAAUGACAAAGCCCUUGAAUGCUAUAAGAAAGUUUUAGCUAUAAAUCCUACUGAUAAAAAAACUCUCACUAGGAUCGAGAAAAUUAACGAAAAGAACGUAAAUUUAAAAUUAAGUGAGAAAGAUCUUGAAGAAAAGCUUCAAAAAGUUCCUGUUACUGCAAAAGAUCAUUUAGAAUAAGCCUUUUUAUACUUAACUAUUAAGAAAGUUGAGUAGUCGAUUGAACUUUUGAAGAAAGCAAUAGAAAUAGAUCCAAAUUACUACGAUGCAUAUGAUAAACUUGGAUUAAUUUACAAACAAAAAGAAAUGUUUGAAGAUGCAAUUUAAAAUUAUGAAAAGGCAAUUGAAAUAAACUCAAAAGGUUUUGAAUCAAUUUACAAUUUAAUGGUGAUAUAUUUAGAUUUAAUAAAAAUAAAUGAAGCUGCUUAAUUCCAUUAAAAAAUACUUGAAAAGAAUAAAGAUUGUUCUGAGACUAAUUAUAGAUUAGGAUUAGCUUACUAAGACAAAAAUAUGCUUAAUGAAGCAAUAGUUCUUUUUUCAAAAGCAAUAGAACUUGAUUCUAAGCAUGUAAAUGCUUAUGUUAAAUUAGGAAAUGUCUACUUAAAGUUAAUCAUGUAUGACAAAGCUCUUGAAGUCUUCUAAAAAAUACUUGAAAUAGAUACAAAACAAGUAGUCGCUUAUAAUAAUAUCGGACUCGUCUAUUAUAAUCAGAAAAAGGAUGAUCUAGCCCUUGAAUAUUAUCAAAAAGCACUAGAAAUAAAUCCUAAAUACUUGCUAUCACUCUAUAAUUCUGGUCUUGUUUAUGAAACCAAAAAUUAAAAUGAUAAGGCUUUAGAAUGCUACUAAAAAGCCCUUGAUAUAAACCCAAAUGAUAAGUAAACACUUGAUAGAAUGAUGAAAUUGUUCUUAAAAACUGGAAUAAUUAAAGACGAAUUUGACGUUGAUAACUUUUUGUAAAAAAUGGAAAAAAACACUUAAAGUGCUUAUGAUUUUUAUAAAUAAGGGUACACUUUCUAUUCAAAAAAAAUGAAGGAUUAAUCAAUUAAGUGUUUAAAUAAAGCAAUUGAAAUAGACCCUAACUUUUUUGAAGCCUAUGAUAAGCUAGGUUUAAUAUAUGAAGAAAAAGGUAUGCUUGAUUAAGCUAUAGAAAAUUACAAAAAAGUUAUUGAAAUUAACCCUAAAUUUAUUAAUGCAUACAAUAAGUUAGGCAAUAUUUAUUUAGAUAAAAAAUAGCUAAAUGAAUCAAUUUCUUAUUAUUAAAAAUGUACAGAAAUAGAUCCAAAUUAUCUUUAUGGAUUUUAUAAUUUGGGUUUGGCCUAUGAAGACAAAGGAUUUGAUCGUAAGGCUUUACUGUCCUACAAAAAGGCUAUAUAAAUAGAUCUAAAAUAUGUAGAUGCAUAUUUUAAUAUAGCAAUGAUUCAUUAAGAUAAUUAAAUGUUAGAAAAACAAAUAAAGUACCUAAAAAUUUCUUUAUUAACUGAUGAAGAAGAUUAAGAAACUAUAGAGCUACUAAAAUAGGCUAAAUCUUAAAUUUGA